AUUGCCCCUGCUGCCUGAUUCCGUCCAUAAGCGGCGAUGGCUUCUUCUUCUUCUUCCGGUUCUCCCUGGACUUACGAUGUGUUCUUGAGUUUCAGAGGCGAAGACACCCGUUACGGUUUCACUUCUCAUCUUACUGAGGCUCUGAGACACUCAGGAAUCCAUUCUUUCAUGGAUGAUUCAGGGAUUGAGAGGGGAGAGAGGAUCUCUGGCUCGAUAUUGCAAGCAAUUGAAAGAUCAGGAAUUGCGUUACCAAUUUUCACUCCGGCUUAUGCUUCUUCCCAUUAUUGCCUGGAUGAACUGGUGAAAAUGAUGGAGUGUCAAAGAACUCAAGCUCAAGUGGUCAUGCCAAUAUUCCAUGACGUGGAGCCGUCAGAUGUUCGUAAUCAGAGAGGCAGAUACGGCGAAGCAAUGGAACGACACGAGCAAAGGUUGGGAAGGGGCAGUGAUCGGGUGAUGCAGUGGAGGCAGGCACUUACCCAAGCUGCCAACAUUUCCGGCUUUAUUUCCUCGCCAAAUCGGAAUCAACUUGGUCUGAUUGAGGAUAUUGUUGGGGCUGUUUCAGAAAAAUUAGACUCUGGACAAUUGUUUAUUGCUGACCAUCCAGUGGGAGUGGAGUCACGAGUUCAUGAACUGACAAUGGAAUGGUUAAAAGAGAGAUCACCAAAACCUCUUACCAUAGGUCUCUUUGGGAUGGGAGGCGUUGGCAAAACCACUAUUGCCAAAGCCAUUUACAAUAAAAUUAGUCGUCAGUUUGGUGCAAGAAGUUUCCUUGCAAAUAUAAGAGAGAAUUCAAAGCAUGCUAGUGACCUAGUUAAUUUGCAAAAGCAACUCAUUUGUGAUAUCACCAAAACACAAGUUUUCAAGAUACCUAAUAUUGAUAGAGGGAAAAAAAUAAUCCAGGAAAGAUUUCCCAACAUAAAAGCAUUUCUUGUGUUGGAUGAUGUGGAUCGCAUCAAUCAACUAAAAGGAUUGUGUGGGAGUCACAAAUGGUUUUGUCCAGGGAGUGUAAUAAUCAUAACAACUAGAGAUCUGCGCUUGCUUCAUUUUAUUAAAGCUGGCUAUAAGUAUAGAGUGAGAGAAAUGAAUAAAAUUGAGUCUCUUGAGCUUUUAAGUUGGCAUGCUUUUGACCAAGCAACUCCAUUAAAAGAUUUGAUUGAACUUUCCAAGGAAGUAGUUGAUUAUUGUGGGGGACUUCCACUUGCUCUUGAAAUCCUUGGUUGUUGUUUGCGUGACAGAACAAUUCAAGAGUGGAAGGCUGUAUUGUCCAAACUACGAAGAAUUCCUAACCAAGAUAUACAUGCAAAGUUAAAAAUAAGUUAUGAUGGAUUGAACGAUUAUAUGGAGAAGGAUAUUUUCCUCGAUAUAUGUUGCUUCUUUGUCAAUAAGAAUAGGAACUAUGUUACAAAGAUAUUAGAUGGCUGCGGACUUCAUGCAAAAUAUGGACUACAAAUCCUCAUAGAGCGAAGCCUCAUAAAAGUUGGUAGGAAUAAAAAGCUUGAAAUGCAUGAUUUAUUACAAGAAAUGGGAAAAGAAAUCAUCCGUGGAAGCCCACCCAAUGACCCUGAGAAACGCAGUAGAUUAUGGUUUCAUGAAGAUGUACUUGAUGUCUUAGCAGCACAUACGGGAACUGAAGCUAUUGAGGGUAUAUCUCUAAAGGUUCAAGGAAGUCAUAGAGAGUGUCUCAUUGAUUCUGUGGCAUUUAAGGAGAUGAAGAAACUUAGAUUGCUCCAACUAGAUGAUGUCAAUCUUAAAGGAGAUUAUAAGCAUCUUUCCAAAAAGCUAAGGUGGCUCUGUUGGCACAGAUUUCCAUUGAAAUACAUUCCAAGCAACUUUUGCCAAAAAGAAUUAGUUGCUAUUGACCUCAAAUAUAGCAGCCUCAGUAGUUUGGAAAGAGCCCCAGUUGCUGGAGAUGCUGAAGACACUCAAUCUUAGUUGUUCGUCUUGGUUGAGACAAACUCCUGAUUUUACAAAAUUACCAAGCCUUGAAAGGCUAGUGAUGAAAGAUUGUCCGAGCUUGAUUUUAAUUCAUGAGAGCAUUGGAGAUCUAAAAAAUCUUCUUCAUGUGAACCUAAAAAAUUGCAAGUGCCUCAGAAAACUUCCUAGAAGCGUCUACAAGUUGAAAUCAUUAAAAACUCUUAUUCUUUCUGGUUGUUCAUUGAUUGACCAUUUAGAGGAAGAUUUUGAGCAGAUGGAAUCCAUGACAAUACUAAAGGCAGAUAACACUGCCAUAACAGUAGUACCCAAGUCAUUAGCAAGAUUGGAAGUGCUUAAGCAUGGAUAUGUAUGUUUCCCUGGCCUUGAAGGAAGAGCACAAGAUAUAUUUCCUUCUCUCAUAUGGUCUUGGAUGUCACCCACUGAUAUUCGCGAGUCCAGUAGUGAAGCAUUUUUGCUGAGCAUAUCAUCUCCAUUUUUCUCAGUUGUACAGAAUGGUAGCUUUCAUGGCCUAUCUCCAUUUCCAAGCGAUUUUGCCAAGCUUCGAGGUAUGUGGGAGGGAUGCCGAUCACAGUCUCGAUUCAAUAGAGAAACGGAAAGAGGUUUGGAUGCCUUGUAUGGGACAAACUUUAUGGAAUUGGAAUCCACGCCAAGCACAUCAAAAUUCUCAUACAUGGAAGCUCCUGUAUCAUCUGACUGUCAUGAUCGAGCUCACAAUGCAACGCCAGCAGAUUCCUCCAAUUCCCUUUUAAUUCAAAUGGCAAAGAGCAGCAAAGUAGACAUAUUGAAAGACAAAAUACUACAGGGAUGGAAUAAUGGUGGGGGGGAUGAUUCUUACCUACCUGGUGAUCAGUAUCCUGACUGGCUCAUUUACAAGGGCAAAGGACACUCUGUAAUUUUUAAGGUGCCUCAAGUCAUAGGUUGUCAUUUGAAAGCGAUGCUUCUCAAUGUUGUGUAUUGUUCUUGCAUGGAUAACACAACGCCUCAAUUUCUCCUGAAUGUUCUGAUCAUUAACUACACGAAAGCUACUGUUGAACAUCGUGAGGGAGACUGGGCAACUUUCCAUGAAGAUGUAGAAUGGCAGAGUAUCAUAUUCUAAGUGUUCAACCUGGUGAUCUGGUGGAGCUUGUUUUAAGCAUUGGGCCUCAAUUUCCUGUCAAGAUGAUUGCAGCAUACCUGAUUUAUGAAGGUUCUAAGAGUUGCAGGUUAUUGAAAUAAUUGUUGCACAGCCUGAUUUUGGUUUGUAAUAUAGCCUCGCUACUUCUGUCCUAGCUGCAACUUUCUAUGCAGGGAACAUGGCGAUUACGCAGCUUUUUAAAUAAGAUAAUGAUACUUCAAGAGUCCAAAUUUGAAAA